GAGUUGCCGCUUUUUCUCCAUCGCAGGGCAUCAACGCACGAAGCGUGAACUCCACAUAAAACGCCCCUCCCCCACAAAAAAACAAAGCUCAACACCCGACACCAACGCGUACCAAAGUGUGUCGCAUCUCAACCAGACCGGCACAUAUUUCAGCUCCUUCAUAGCGUGCUCGGGAGGGGAAUGCCACCAAAGCGGCCACUUCGACGGCCGCCAGGACCUGCGGUGCCGCCUCGCACCGUCCUGCACACGCAGCAGUUAGUUCUUUUCAGCAGCCCAGCAGUUGGCGGGCCAACAAAGCCGCCCCUUUCCACAAAUCGGCGCACGCCGGGCAACUCCUCCGCUUCCGCUGCGGCGGCCCCGGCUCCUUCUAGCAAAAGUCGGAGCUCUUCUCAACGCCGGCCAGCACCGACCUCCUCCUCCACUUCUUCUACUACAGCACAGCGCCGUCCUGCGGCUGAGUAUGAGCCACUUCCCGAGCAGUACCAGGCCGUUCCGUGCGCACCGACGCCGUUUCUGUCCGACGUCGCCCCAACUACCGCAUCGCUGCACGGGGGCCGGGUGCCGUCCCCACCACCGUCGCGCAGUGCAGACUUCAGCACCAGCAGCAGCCGCAAAAGUGGCGGCGGCGGAGUCGUCGCGUCCGGCUCCAGCAGCCGCGUUGUUCGUCUGCUGCGCGAUGCCCGCGCCGCGGUGCAGGACCCGAUUCGUCCAGAGACGCCGGUUGACUCCUUCGGGGCUUUAAGUGGCACUAAUACCACCACCGCUGCUUCUGGUUUUCGAGUUGCCAAGGGAGGUGCGGCGAGCGCUGCUGGCUUUCCGCGACAGCCACCACAUGGCCUCGAACCACGCCUGCGCAGACGGCUGCCGGCGGGUGGGCGGCUGGCCCCUAUGCCACCACCACCGCAAUCCUCCGCUUUUCUGGAGGCACAUUCUGCGUCCUCCUCCUCGACCUCGCCGCUGCAGCGUUCCUCUCCGGUGUCGCUGCCCGUGACGGGGCUGUCAUCGCAGAUUGAUGUGCGUGCCCACAGUCUCGGCAGCAACGCCUCACCACCUGCGACCGCGGCCACAUCGUCGAGCUCCGUGGCCGCCGUCACUGAUGGUGGUUUCGACGCGGAGUCGUUUGCGAAGCUGUAUGCGGCCGCACAGCAGCGGGGGGAGGAGGGUCUCGUGGACUGUGCCAACUUGCUUGGGCAGCUGAAGCAGUGGCUUGCCGCCACUUCCGUCGCUGCCGCUCCCCACUCGCUGGGUGCGGCCGCUACGGCCUGUGUGCAAGCCACCCUACUGCACUUCUGCGAAUACUGGCCGACCGGUGCCGCCCUGCGCAACGCCAUCGACAACUACACCGCGCUGGAAGGCGCCAACUUCGACGCGACGCUGACCGGCGACAGCGUGCCGCUCGGUCGAUCGCUAACCACGUCCACUCCACUGAACUACGCCGAGGUGGCGUUGCUGGCGGCAGCAGUGAUGUUGAGCAGUUACCCGCCAUCCUCGCUCGUCGCGGAGCCCAUUUCUUUUCACGCCCUUCUCACGGCUCUGCACACCAUCGCAGAGUGCGGAGUGGCGGAGUGGAUUGCGCAGGAGUCACCCAUCGUGGAGGUGUUGAUGGAGGUGCUGCACGUGCUGACUACCACGAUACAGCACCGCAGCGAUGCCGCCGCUGUGGACGUGGCGUGCAGGCGUCAGCAGUGGACGCUGUGGAUCCUAGACAUCUUUGCGUGCUGCUGCGAGGAGGCGUUCCUUGCUGCUUCAGCCAGUACGACAGGCGCGAGUGGUCAAGCGGCGGGAUCGCCUUCGUCGAGUCUCGGUGUAAGUGCGAGCAACAACAGUGAGCAAGACAUGAUUCGCGGGCACGGCUUAGCGGAUGAUGUCACGGACAAAGCAGCACAGGGCCAGCAACGAGUGCUGUCGGCUUCGUUGAUGUCGUCCACCGCCUCCCUGCACCGCGUUGCAGCAGGCUCGCCAAGUCAGCCGGGCUCUCAUUCUCCCAUCAGCAGCUUUCGCAUCUCCCAAGGCUCCCCGUUAAGUCUACUGCGACACGGCAACGGCGGUGAAGGAGGUCAGCGGCAGCAGCCGACACCGUUAAAUGCUCUGAAGGCUCUCACGACGCACCUUUUGUCGCGCGGUCUGCUCAGCAACCUGCAGCAGCUCAGCGCGGACGCUCUGGAGCAACAAGCAGUCACAACGGCGUCGUCUGUGCCUACCGUUUCGCUUCUUCCCGUAAUUGGCUCUUUGUACCGCCUCCUGGCGCAGUUUCACGCCGCGUCGCUGCGCGCCAGCGGUGUACUCCACACCCUCGUGUCAAUGCUGCAGGUCGGGUCCACUGACAGCGCCACGGCGGAGUCUGCCGCACGGGCAUUGGUGAAGCUAACGUUCGACGAGGAGUGUCUGCACGACAUGCGAGAGAUGGGGACGACGCUGCUGGACGCCGCGGCGCACGCGCUGCUCACGCAGAUGCGUUUGCACGCGGAUGCGACGACGAAGGCGUCCAUUGAGCUGUUCGUGUCGCGUGUGUGCGGUGUCGUGGCCCGUGUCGCGGAGGGCAGCGCCGCCCUGCAGGAGCACCUCGCCACACCAGCCAUGACGCACGUCCUCGAAGUCCUCGCCCAGCGUUACUUGGCGGGGCCGAGCACUACCGCCGAUAUUGCAGCGGACAGCGGCGCACCACCGCAGCUGCCGCCCACGCCUGUCGUCCAAGCCAUUGUAUGGGUGCUCGGCAUUGCGGCCAUGUCUCCCAGAUGCUCGCUGCACCUCGUCGAUAACGUCACACCACUUCUCGUCAGUCUGCUGCAGCGACUGCGGGAGCUGCCUGCCACGCAGACGACGGCGAUUUACGUUCUCAUGUGUCUGAGCAACCUCUCCUACUUUUUUAACCGCUUUGAGCUGCUGGCCGAGGCGGUCGCGGUCGAAGGGGAAGGAGACGUUGCGGCGCACGCGGAGUGGCUGCCGACCAUCUGCAGCGCACUCUGCUUCUCCUUGGCUGCGUACUUGUUCGAAGACAGCGUGGAGGCGACGGUGGAGGCCACCCGCAUCUUGGGCAACAUCAGCUACACGAACGCCGGCCGUGACUGGAUGGAGGCAAAUCGCUGCGACGAGGUCGUCGUCAUCUUCCUCGGCCACGAGGACCUGCGCAUUGUCUACAACUGUUGUGGCAUCCUGCUGAACUUGACGGCCGCCUCGCCGUGCCGGGUGGUGGAGGAGCCGGAGCUGCUGCAGAUGAUGCUGUCUUACACGGCACGCUACACGAAGGACGAGACGAUAGCGGCGGCAGCGGCGCUGGAAAGGCAGCGGCUGCGGAAACAGUUGCGGGCUGCAUCAGGGAGAGACGGUGCGGGAGGAGCGGCAGAGGCAGAAGAGGAGUUUGCGACCGAGGCGAGCAGUAGCGCCAGUCAGAUUGCGGACUUGGUGGAAAAGCUACUGCACAACGUGAAAGGGUUGCUUGCGCUGACUGUGCCUACGACUGGCGCGGAGGAUAUCUAG